UCGCACUUGUGUUUUCCAGGGAGAGUCCUUGAGUGUCUGGCGGCUGACAACAUGCACCAGCAGUGGCUCCUGCUGGCCGUGUGCUUCUGGGUGAUUUUCAUGUUCAUGGUGGCCAGCAAGUUCAUCACGCUGACCUUCAAAGACCCAGACGGGUACAGCGCCAAACAGGAGUUUCUGUUCCUGACAACUGUGCCAGAAGCCGGGAAGUCACGAGAAGAGAAGCACUUUGCCGAGGAUCCGAAGCCCACCGGGAGGAUGCCUCCAGCUGCCCCUCUGGUCUAUAUGGAGCGCCUGGAGCUCAUCAGGAACGUCUGCCGGGACGAGGCCCUGAGGAACCUCUCGCACACUGCGGUCUCCAAGUUUGUCCUGGACCGCAUAUUUGUCUGCGACAAGCACAAGAUUCUUUUCUGCCAGACCCCCAAGGUGGGCAACACCCAGUGGAAGAAAGUGCUGAUUGUGCUCAAUGGAGCGUUUCCUUCCAUCGAAGAGAUUCCUGAAAAUGUCGUUCACGACCAUGAGAAGAACGGCCUCCCUCGUCUCUCCUCCUUCAGCACAGUGGGAAUUGAGAAGCGAUUGAAAACAUACUUCAAGUUUUUUAUUGUAAGAGAUCCCUUCGAGAGACUCAUUUCUGCAUUUAAGGACAAGUUUGUUCAUAAUCCCCGUUUUGAGCCUUGGUACAGGCACGAGAUUGCCCCUGGCAUCAUCAGGAAAUACAGAAAGAACCGGACAGAGACCCGGGGGAUCCAGUUUGAAGAUUUCGUGCGCUAUCUGGGUGAUCCAAACCACAGAUGGCUGGACCUUCAGUUUGGGGACCAUAUCAUUCACUGGGUGACGUAUGUGGAACUGUGUGCGCCUUGUGAGAUAAAGUACAGUGUGAUUGGACACCACGAGACCCUGGAGGAGGAUGCCCCGUACAUCCUGAGAGAGGCCGGCAUAGACCACCUGGUGUCCUACCCCACCAUCCCACCGGGCAUCACCGUGUAUAACAGAACCAAGGUGCAGCGCUACUUUCUGGGCAUCAGCAAACGAGACAUCCGGCGCCUGUAUGCACGUUUUGAAGGGGACUUUAAGCUCUUUGGGUACCAGAAACCAGAUUUUUUGCUAAACUAAUGUUUAGGACCCAUGAAUCCAGAUAUCUCUGUUAGACUGGGGGCUAGCCAGGUAGAGGUCUGAGCACAGAAAUGACACUUUCUCCAUGACACCUCUCCUUAAGACUCCUGAGGCCUCCCCUGAUCCCGAGGGCCUCUCCCCCACCUGUUAUCAGGAAGCCGCUGGCCUCACCUUGGAGAGAAGUGGAGACAAGACAUCUGCAGGAGGAGAUGUGACAGCAUUCGGAGCCAUCGCCCUCAGUUGUUGAGUUGGCAGGCACAGCCGAGGCCCUCCUGGCCGCCAGGGUGGUCUUGCCUGUCAUCAAUGGAUUGCAAAAAUGGUACCUGGCACUUUUAGGAGGGGUGGAGAAGCUGAGGUGCUGCAGAAGCUCCCCAGGCCGGGCAGGAUCAAAUCUGAGUCAUAAGAUGACACCUCUGGCCUUCACCUUGGUGUUGCUAUAACAGAUGGUCCUUUCUGGGACAACUGAGUCCCUGUGACAUUCAGUGAUGACCCCAGAGCAGGGCCAACCGUCUGUCUUUCAGAACCCAUGCCUGUGCAAGGCAGGUCCGUGUGUCUGGACCGCUGCCUGCCAAUCGCCUAUCCCAUCUAGCACCAGAGGUAAAAUUUUGGAAAGUGAUUGGAGGAGAGGUUCUUACCACCCUGGAAAGAGGACACCUGGGGGGGGGGCUUAAAAGGAAUGUGGCACAGGAAAGGAGGAGCAGGCCAGGCUGGGGACUGAUUUGGGGACCUCCAUUCCGCCUGACUGACACGUGUCCCAUCUGGGUGGGCGACAGGAGAUCCUCCACCCAGCUCUCCCAGGGCCUCACCUUCCCCAGAGCGCGGAACAGACUAAACAGUUUUAGUCUGGAGGAAGCCAAACAGAAUUCAGUGCAGCCUCCACAUUCAGUGCCCUUUCAUCUCAGCAAAGCGGCCACCACCAGACCCAUGUCUGCUGAUGCCACCAUCCUGGACUAACUGGCCAGAAGUGAGGUCAUCAAGUUCACCAGCAAUAAAAUCCGACGCCAAGGCAGCGUCCAGGCACAGAGAGAGCCCCCACGAGGAGCACGCCACAGCCACCACGAGGGCCAUGUAGAACCCGGGAGCCCAGCCGGGAGGGGUGAUCCAGGCUUUUCUCAAAGGCAGCCUCAGCCCCCCUUUUCUCAAAACUGCUUCCUGGAUUUAUAAAUGUGAAAGUAAAAUGAUAUUUAAAAUAUGUGCCAAACCUGAUCCUUGCUGCAGUUCCGGGGGAAGGGGCACCAGGGCUGCGUGUGACCCUGAGGCUUGGCGACCAGGACGGGUGUGCGCAGCCUGCUGAGGCCGGGAUCGUGGAUGGGAAGUGAGGCUUGGCCCUUCACCCUCGAUGGACACACCAAGGAUGUAACCUUGAGUUAUUUUUCUAUGAGGUUUCUGCUGUGUCUUGUUAAAAUCCUUUCAGACUCAAUGAGCUGAAGAGUAACAGUGUGAAUCAUGUAUGUGAAUUUAAGGCCUUAAAGUUAGUCCUAAUUAAAAUAGCCUUUUCUCUCAGAAAGCAAA